GCGCCACUUCGCAAUGUACAGCCAGCCAUCCGCACCGCCUCAGCCACGUCCAUACUACCCGAGCGAGAGCUCUCGCAUCAAUCAGCCUGGAGGAGCUCCUGUGUCCUACGCAUCGUACGCUCCUCCUGUGCAGACAUACACAACAGAUCUCCCAAGCGCGUAUGCGUGGGUCCAGCCACCUCCACCUCCUCCCACGGCAAACGACAACUUCAUCUGGUACGCCAUCACAUGCCCUUUGCAACCACACACGUACUUGUUGAUCGUGUACUUUGCCUUCAAUGUCGUGUUUGCCACGAUUGCGUUCGCGGCCGUUGUGUUCCUUGGCGCUCUCGGCGUCGGGCUCAUUCCAUUGUGCUGCUUGGGCCUCGUGAUCUUGCAAAUUCUCCUGUAUGUUGUCCACGUCCUUGCCCACGUCGACGCUCGUCUGUAUAACUGCACAGCACCAGCGCAGGACUCGAUCGUCGUGAGCUUUGACGUGCCCCGCGAAGGGCUGUACCACAUGAGUGGCCACCGCAUUUCGCCCGACCUAACCAACUUCUCCAAGGAGAGUCUCUGCGCGAUUCUUUACUUCGUCGUCGUCAAGUUUCCCCUUUCGCUCUUGACGACCGCCUUGGCGUACGUCCCGCUGUCGAUUGCCGUGGGGCUGGUCUGCUACCCGCUGUACAUGGACGACUUGUUGGCGCGCCAGGGCGUGUUUGCCAAAUUUCCCGCGACGGACAUUCGCUUGGCCAACCAACCGAUUGAACAAGUGCCGCCAUCUCAAGUGAUUCUUGUCGGCGUCGUGCUGCUGUACAUCGCGAUCGGCCUUCUCCACCUGUUUGCAUCGCUCCUGCGAUGGGCGACGAAGUUUUUCACGUGCGAAUUCUUUGCUACGUCAGGAGUUGUGCGGUUGCAUUCAAAUGUGUACGGCCCCAACAGCAACCGCACCAACCCAUGGCCAUAUUAACACGACUGUGAAUUCUUUUGGA